CCGUGGCACGCAGGGGACCAUGGGAGAUAAGUCAAUAUGGCUGCCGUAUGAGAGUGACAGAAAGGUUCUAUAGAUCAUGUGAAUGGCUGCGCUGCUUGCGUUUGAGAGGCUCUUAUGACUGGUAGAAAGGUAAAUGUGAGCCGGAGUGGGAGCAGCAGUUUCCCGGCACAGACCGUGUUGCACCCCCGGCAGCCUGUCCGGCCCCUGUGUAUGGUUGGAGCAGUGGAACGCAGGGCGCUAUUGUUACCGUAUAGACCUGUCUCUCUGACUGAAGUACUGAAACGUCGCAGUAAUUGUCUGGAGAUGAAGCCUGGAAAAGCAAAAAUCAGUUACACGCAGAGAGAUUUUGUGUACAGCUUCCAAGCUGGACCUCAGAAAUUUGCUCUCACCGUACCUCUUCAAUUCCCAGUCCAAGAAAACCUUGAUCACUUGCAUGGACGCCUCAUGCUGCUUCACAACCUGCCCUGCUUUGUAGAGAAAGACCUAAAACAAUCUCUCUGUCGGUUUGUGGAAAAAGAGACAGUCAAGGACUAUGACAGGGAAGCUGAACUUGCAUUGGAAGCCAUGAGCUUGUCUGCGGUGGCCACGGAGAAAUUAUCCAAUACAUGGAUGAAAGCCUAUACAGAGACAACACUGGAACAUGCACGGCCGGAAGAGCCCAACUGGGAUGAAGACUUUGCUGACAUUUACCAUGAUCUGAUACAUUCCCCGGCUUCAGAGACCCUCUUGAACCUGGAACACAAUUACUUUCUCAGCAUCUCGGAACUGCUGAGUGAACGGGACGUGGAACUGAAGAAGCUAAGGGAGAGACAGGGCACAGAGAUGAACAAAGUGAUGCAGGAACUGGGCAAGUCUCUGACAGAUCAAGAUGUGAAUUCAGUAGCUGCUCAGCAUUUCGAAUCCCAACAGGUAUUAGAAAACAAAUGGAGCACAGAGUUACAGCAGUUGUCUACCAUACAGAAGCAAGAAUACCAGGAGUGGGUUAUCAAGUUGCACCAUGAUCUGAAAAAUCCCAACAAUAGUUCUAUAAGCGAAGAAAUUAAAUUCCAGCCCAGCAGCCUACACGAGAGUGCAGAUACCAGUCGAGAAGCAUAUGAAGAGCACAGGCAGCUGGAGGAAAGCUUUACUAUUCAUUUGGGGGCACAGCUGAAGACCAUGCAUAACCUGAGGCUGAUGAGAGCCGACAUGCUGGAUUUCUGCAAACACAAGCGCAAUCACCACAGGGGGGUCAAGCUACACAGGCUCCAAACCGCAAUGUCUCUGUAUUCAACGUCAUUGUGUGGCCUGGUCCUUUUGGUUGACAACCGCAUAAAUUCCUAUAGUGGCAUCAAAAGAGAUUUUGCCACUGUGUGCCAGGAAUGUACAGAUUUCCAGUUCCCGCAACUUCAGGAACAGCUGGAAAUCGUUCAGCAAGUUCUUCUCUAUGCUCGGGCACAAAGGGAUCAGAUGUCCAAACCUCAACACGAUUCAACCAAUGGGAACGAAGGGCGUGCCGAUAAAGUCAAAAGCAACCAAUCAAAUUUAUUACCAGGGGAAUUUUACGUGACCCGACAUUCCAAUCUCUCCGAGAUGCAUGUGGUGUUUCACCUCUGCGUUGACGACAGCGUCAGAAGUGGGAAUAUCACGGCCCGGGACCCGGCUAUAAUGGGGCUCCGAAAUAUCCUGAAAGUGUGCUGUACCCACGACAUCACUACCAUUAAUAUCCCUUUGCUGUUGGUCCAUGAAAUGUCUGAGGAAAUGACCAUACCAUGGUGUUCCAAGAGAGCGGAACUGGUCUUCAAGUGUGUUAAAGGCUUCAUGAUGGAAAUGGUUUCAUGGGAUGGAGGUGUGUCAAGGACUGUGCAGUUUCUUGUUCCGCAGAAUAUAUCAGAGGAGAUGUUUUAUCAGCUCAGCAACAUGCUGCCCCAGAUCUUCCGAGUCUCCUCAACUCUGACAUUGACUUCAAAACACUGAUGGCACCUUAACGUUGAAGAAGGGAAUAUUGAAAUGGGUCUGGUGCAAUUUUUUGAUUACGAGCCUCGGUGCUUGAGCAUUACAGAAACCAAAAUGAUACUAUGUAUUUUUACUUGCGUUUAUAUAAAUCUAUAAGAACAACCUGCCACCAGCUCACGGCUUUACUUUAUGUGGCAUAGAUGCAAAGUAUGAUUAUUUCCAGGUUCCAGGCUAUUCUUAAAAGGCAGAUAUCUGUGUGGGAUCAGGAUACUGUAUUCAGAUACAAAAGAUGGGGAUCUAUGCACUUUCUGUCUGAACAGAGGUUACAAAUUAACUGCGCCUCUAUAAUAUGGAUGCAGGUAGACAGUGGGCUGGGAACUGGAGCAGACUAAAAUGAUAAUUGCAUAGAAUAGUAGGGGCUUUGUGACAGGCUCCUGCAGAGAAUCAUCUUUCCAGGACAGCCAGGGGUAUAACAUUAUUGCCUGUAGCACUGGUAAUCAGACGUUUUGGGUUCAGGCUCCCCCUUGUGGAAAAACAUUUGAGUAGGCAUGCAGAGCGAAUUUACAGUAUAUGCUUACUGCAGUCAUUCUGCUAUAAUGUUACAUUAGUAUCCAGAGAAGCUACCAAAUAGUUACCUAUAUAUACUCAAGCAUAAACAGAUCCGAAUAUAAGCCGAGGUACCUAAUUUAAAGAAAACUGGAAAAACGUAUUGACUCGAGUAUAAGCCUGGGGUGGGAAAUGCAGCAGCUACUGCUAAGUUUCAAUAAUCAAAAUAAAUACCAAUAAGUUUUUAAAUAUUUAUUUCAAAGAUAAACCAUAAACUAGCUCUGUAAAGGUCCCCAUACACGGGCCGAUUCUAGCUGCCGAUAUCAGUCCCUUAGACCGACUCGGCAGCUUAUCAGCCCGUGUAUGGGCACUAACGACAGGCCUGCCCGACUGAUAUCUGGCCUGAAAUCUGCCAGAUAUUAAUCGGGCAGGUUUAAAAAUUUAGUCGGAUCGGGGACUGCAUUGGCUCGUUGAUGCGGCCUCCAAACCCGAAUGCGCCUAUAGCAGUCAUUCCCAUCAAACCUAGGUGCUCACCGUUCUUUCAUUUCCCAGCAGAUGGCCCUGUAGCUAAAGAUCUGCUUAGUGGUCACCCCAUAGCAACACCAUGCUAUGCUAUCACUGGCCUUCAAGGUUACAUCUGAAUAUAAGUGUAGGGGGAACCUCGGCAACUGAUGUCCAACUGACUUGUACAGAGUCAUAUAACACCUCAGCAACAGGUUUGUCAUCGUCUGCCUUUGCCACCAGUGAGUGACUGAUGCAGCUGGAAGUUAUAAAGAUCAUCUUCCAAUUUUAAGGUAAAAUGGUAAAGACGAGAAUAAAGAUUCUCAAAGCCUGAAAGAUGCAAUAUGGCUCCCUCAAGCACUAAAGUCCUGAGAUUAGUUUCUGAACUUAUGUUCUACAGGUUACAAUUAAAAUUGUAUGCAGUUUACA